UGUGUGUGUGUGUGUGUGUUAUAUAAAACCCUCUCCAUGGUGAGCUCGCUCUCACUGCGACAUAGCCCAGGUGUCCGAGGCAACAGCACAUAAGAGGUUGAGACAGACAGACGGACACAAUAAACGACUGCACGACCUUUGCGUGAGUAAUGUACAAAUAUUUCCUUGACCAGCACCCAUGGCUCACAACCUGCUCAAAAACCCCAACGGGGAAGAGGAGCUGGAGUUCUGGGAGCUGACAGAGAAUGGGGGGAGCGCUUGGAAAGUAGAAGAACUACCGGGCGAUUGCGGCUACGAUUUUGGCAAUGAGGAAGUGACAAAGUACUUUGCGACGUCCUUUGAACUGUGUCUCAAGAAGCAGGAGGUGGAUCUCCUGGCAGACGGCUAUACUGCAGAGGUGCUCGACUCCCAGCCAACCAUCACAGUAGAGGAUUGGUACUGCGGGAGGACCGACUGCGGCUGCACCUAUGAGAUCACUGUGUGUCUAUUGGACGAGAACCAGGAGGUUCUGCAGGAGUUCAAGCCCGACCCAGUGACCCUCGACCCGGACAUGGAUGACGGGUGUUCAUGGAAACAGGUGAGCCACACCUUCUCAGAGUACGGCCCCGGACUGCGAUUCAUCUCCUUUGAGCACGGAGGACAAGACACCAACUUCUGGGACGGAUGGUUUGGAGUCCGGGUCACUGGCAGUUCAGUCGUAUGCAACGUCUGAGCAAUGAACUGGGGGGAGAGGGAGGGAGGGAAGAAAGGAAGGAGGGACGUGAGGAGGAAGAAUGGGAGGUGGGGAAUUAGGUAGGGAAGGAGACUAGGUGAAAGGGACAGGAAGGAAAAAGGUAAGAGAAGGAAAUGAGAGGAAUCACAUGGUAGGGGAAGGGUAGUCCAGACUAGAGAGGUGCCCUUGAGGAGAGCUGUGGUCAGAGGGUGUGAGAUGGGGGACUGUGGUUUAGGAACUGAAGAUCUCUGAAAGGCUUCUCAGCUUGCCGGCGUAAGCUGUUGUCUGUAGUCCGCUGACCACUGACGUUACUGUCCCAGCCUUGCUUGAAUCAUAAGGCAGUAUAGACAUACUGUUAUGUUGGGGGAUGCUAUUAUACUGAAGCAAGCAAUCUUUAGAAAUCUGACCCUAUGGGGAUUUUGUGGGAUGACCAAAAAUCCAUGAAGCUUUGCCAGAUUUUCUCCUAAUCACUGCUUGCAAUUUAGUUAUUUUAUCCGCCAACUACUAACUACUUGCUACGCAAGACUAUAUUUUAACUUUUUUGUUUCUCCUUAAUUAAUGUCAUUAAUGCAAAUUAACUUUAAAAUGAUCACAUCCAACUGCUCAUUGCAUCUUCAAAUUAUUUAUAGAAGAGUUUGAUUUCAUUGCUGUAAAAUUGUAUUGACAUUGAACAAGUUUGAACUGGUUUACUGGUGUACUGGACCCCCACUGUGUGGACCCCAACUCAGCAGCAUAAACCGUUAAGCAUCCAUCGCUGUGUUUUAUUCUGGCGUACACAUUAAAAGGUGUUAAAGAA